AUGGAAUUUGAGAAAUCUGUUUGGUGUUUCGCUAUACUGUGUGUGUAUCAUCUUACACGGAUAUCGGGUCAGUCCUCUAUACCGGAGAGGCAGGACGGGUUCUGGUACGGCGGCAAACCGGCCGACGAGGGUGGCGCGCUGAUCGAGGCAUUUUUCGACCCGGUUUGCCCCGAUUCACGUGAUUCGUGGCCGCCUCUUAAGGAUGCCUUAGAGCAGUACGGCUCUCGAGUCACGCUCGUCCUUCACACUUUCCCUUUGCCUUAUCAUGACAAUGCUUUUGCAACUUCUCGGGCGCUUCAUAUAGUUAAUAAACGCGACACUUCAGCCACUUACAGCUUACUAGAGGCAUUUUUUCAUCACCAGGAACAGUUUUACGGCAAGGCUACAUUUAACUUGUCGAGAGCAUCUGUCGUAGACAAGAUUGUUCAAUUCUCGACAAAGGCACUCGGAGAUUCAUACGGCUCCACAAUCAAAGCUGGGUUCAAUGACACGAGAACAGAUCACGCAACAAGAGUUGCUUUCAAGUUUGGUUGCUUACGAGGGGUUUAUGGGACACCUUUCUUCUUUGUCAAUGGAUUUCCACUACCAGACUCCGGGUCGGCUCUAGACUAUGCCGGGUGGAGAAAGGUUUUGGAUCCUUUAGUAGUUAAAAAGGGAGAGAACUUGCAGAGCAUGGAUCGGUACCAAAAGGUGGAGAAGCCAAAAAUCGAAACACCCAUCGACGAGAAUGAGAUUCGUAUCACAAGCCAAGGCAGGAUGAGGAGCUACAUCACCUAUGCCCUGACUUUGCUUCAGGAAAAAGGUUCAGAUGAUAUUGUAUUUAAGGCAAUGGGCAGAGCCAUCAACAAAACUGUCACAAUUGUGGAGUUAAUCAAGAGGAGAAUUGUGGGUCUUCACCAAAUCACAGUCAUUCAAUCCACUGACAUAACCGACACGUGGGAACCACUUGAGGAAGGGCUCCAGACUUUGGAAACCACCAGGAAAGUCUCGAUGGUCACUAUCACUCUCUCAAAAAAGGAGCUAGACAAGACAAAUGUUGGGUACCAACCUCCGAUACCCGCUGACCAGGUCAAAGUUGCUACUGAGGUCGACUAUGAUGGAGACGGGUCGCCUCCUGCCCGAGGAAGAGGUCGAGGUGGAAGAGGAAGGGGAAGGCCAAGACCCCAAUCUGGCAACGGUUUUGCAUCUGGGGAGUAUGAGGAUGGUGGGUAUGAGAGGAAUCGUGGAUAUGGGAGGGGUGGUAGGGGAAGAGGCAGGGCCCGCAACUUCCGUGGGCGUGGGAGGGGAGGCUACGGUGGUCCUCCCCAGGUGGAAGAUGCUGCAGCCUACGAUCAAGAUGCACCUCGAGGACGUGGCCGUGGAAGGGGCCCUCGAGGCAGGGGUCGCGGAUUCAGAUCCAAUGGGCCGGUCCAAGCUGCUGCUUGA